UCAAGAAAGACAUGGCUGGUUUUUUUAAAAAUCUUGCCAGUGGAUUUAAUGACAUUGUAAAUGCUGCCCAAGCAAAGAUCAAUCCUCUCACUGUUCAAGCCAUCCAGGCAGAUAAGCUUUCAGGAUGUUAUUGUAUGAAACAUGAAGGCAACAUCACUUUGUACUGCCGACAGGCGACUUUGGUCACGUUUGAGUGUGUUAUUACUAAACCAGAUGUUCCCUCGAGGAUGUUUAGCAUUUUUAGGUACACAAAUGAGAUCGAUGCAACUGUUCUCUACAAUUCUCUUGUGACUACAAUGGGGCCAAUUGUUGCUAGCUGCACAGUUCCAUUCCAGGAAGAUUGUCUUCAGAAGAUUUUGGACACCAUAAAGGAACAUCCACUGUGGACCUGUGCUCAUGUUGCAGCAUUUUUGGGAUAUCAUGCCUGUUUGAAAUGUCCUGGUAUUAUACAAUUCAUUGACCAGCCAUGUGAACCCCAGCAGAUGACUCCACUGAUGGCAGCCAUUGUUGGCAAACAGGCUCUUUCAGCAGAAGAGCUCCUGAGGCUUGGUGUUGACCUGGGCAAGAAGGAUAAACAAGGAAACACAGCAUACCAUUAUGCAGUCAUGCACUGUCCUCCAGUAGUGUCUUUAUUGGUUGAUUAUGACAAGGCUGGUGUCAUUAAUUGGUUGAAUGGGAAGGGAGAGUCUGCACUGUUGAUUGCUUGUCAGCUCAAGCUGUCAGAUGCCACAGAAAUAUUGAUUGUAGCUGGGGCAGAUCCACGUAUUGGCACUGCCGACUGCCUCCCAAUCCAUGCUGCUGUGAAGUCCUGUGAUAUGAGGUCAGUUGAAGCCAUCAUAAAGGAAUUUCCAGAGCAGGCUAAUGCAAGAGACUUCAAGUAUGGCGGCACGCCUGUGCAUUGGGCUGAAAAUACGGAGUGUAUACAAAAGCUGUCUCUGCUUGGCUGCAAUCUAAACAUCCUCAACAAGGAAGGCAAUGCUCCCCUACAUGUGAUGAUGGCAAAGAAAAGAUCUGAAUGCCAGUUGGCUUUGUUAUGUCAUGGAGCAGACUGCAAUGUCAUGGAUUCCUCUGGCCAGACAGUGCUUCAUAAAGCUAUAAUGGCAGAUGAUUUGGAGCUUGUCCGACAGUUUGUUGUGUUUGGUGCUGAUGUCAAUCAGUUAACAGGAGAUGGGCAGUCCCCUCGGCAUUUAGCAUCUACCUCCAAGGGCAAAAACAGUGGGUCAUUAUUCAAAAGGCGAAAUAACUGUCGAGAUACAAUUCUUUAUCUCCUGCAUAUAUCUGGGGCACAAAGAUGUGACAGAUUCCAAAAAAACUGCCAGGUUGGUUGUGUUGCUGAUGGAACUUACAAUGGAGUCCCAGACAAGACAAUGUCUGCACUAAUGAAGUUGGACAGUGUUGCACUUUCUGAUGAACAGAUGAUGGCAACGGUUGUCCAGAGUGCACAUUCAUCAUAUGAACAGAAUGCUGUCAUAGAAAUGAUGGAUGCACCAAUAUCAGCUGGAGACAGGGUUCUUUGUCUAGAUGGUGGAGGCAUUCGUGGAUUGGUCCUUAUUCAGAUUCUAAUGGAAAUUGAAACAGCUGUUGGAAAGCCAAUCCAAGAAUGUUUUGACUGGAUUGGAGGCACGAGCACAGGAGCCAUUUUAGCACUAGGUGUUGCCAGAGGUUUUUCUCUUCAGUACAUGAAAGGAUUAUAUGUACGUUUGAAAGAUGAAGUGUUUAAAGGCAAGCGUCCUUAUGAAUCGGGUCCCUUUGAAGAAAUGCUGAAAAGAGAAUUUACCGAAGAUGCUGUCAUGUCAGAUAUCAAACAUCCAAAAAUUCUGGUGACAGCAGUUCUUGCAGACAGAUAUCCAGCAGAUUUGCACUUCUUCUGCAAUUUUGAGAGGACCUUUAGCCAUUGCAAGUCUUCACCAUCAGCAGUAAUUGAGGAAAAGAAGCCUGCAGAACAGAAGAUCUGGGAGGCAGCCAGAAGUAGUGGAGCUGCCCCAACAUACUUCAGGGCAUAUGGCCCAUUCCUUGAUGGUGGCCUAAUAGCCAACAAUCCUACUUUAGAUGUUCUAACAGAGAUAUAUGAAUACAAUUUAGGCCUCAAAUUAUUGAAUCGUGCAGAUGAGGCCCGGCCUAUUGGUUGUGUCAUAUCCAUUGGCUGUGGGAGAAUCCCCACAAAGACUGUUGAAAAUAUGGAUGUCUUUCUACCUCAAGGGCUGUUUGAUUUCUAUAAAGCUGUCUCAGGAGCAACUGCACUUGGCAGACUAGUGAUUGAUGAGGCCACAAAAUCUGAAGGACGACCAGUAGACAGGGCUCGUGCUUGGUGUAGCAUGAUCAACGUUCCAUAUUACCGAUUUUCACCUCUUUUGUCUGAAGAUGUCAGUCUGGACUGUCAUGACAUCAAAAUACUUAUCAACAUGAUGUGGGAGACACACUGCUACAUGGUAGCCAAUCGACACCGCCUCACAGAACUAGCCUCUUUACUUGGGGGUCGGGCUACUAGUGCUGAUGUAGGAUUGAAUUAA